AUGACGUCUGCGACGACGGCGUCGACUGCUUCGUCGAGGGUAGAGACAGGUGCCGGGCUGGCGCGGCCGCCUGCACCAGGCUUCGACCGGCCAGCGAGCGCGUGGACGCUGGAGUCUGCCCGCCGCGGCCUGGAAGCAGGUCUGGGCUUACCCAUGGCGUCGCUCUGCGGGCAGCUCAGAGACUUGGUAGAGCUCCACCGGGUGAUCGUGAUCGACGCCGCCACGGGCUCGGGUAAGUCAACACUGGUGCCGAUCUGCCUCGCGGAGCAGUGCGCAGAGCUCGGCAGGGAUUGCCGCAUCGUCGUCACGCAGCCGAGGAAGCUGGCCGCGAAGGGCCUGGCCAAGCGCGUGUCGCAGCAGUGCGGCACACAGGUGGGCAACUUCGUCGGGUACAGAGUGGGCGGCAACAGGGAGGACAAAGGCUGCAAGGUGGUGUACGUGACAGCAGGCCACAUGCUCGAGGCGCUGGUGCACAACCCUCAGCACCUGCAAACGUUCAGCCACCUCGUGCUGGACGAGGUGCACGAGCGCUUCGUGGAGGCCGACUUCCUGAUGUCCCUCCUGCGGCUCUGGCUGUCCCACCCCAGGACAGCGAACACGCGCCUCGUGGUCAUGUCCGCGACGCUGCAGAAGACACUCAGCGAGUUUUUCCGGCCCCUCCUGCUCCCGGCCCCCGCCGCCGCCUCGCCGGGCAAGCUGACGCUACCCGGCAGCAGCCCGUUCGAGGUGAGUGAAUAUUUCUGGGACGACAUCCCGAGGGAGUGGCCCAAUGUCGACCUCAAGAGCAUCGGCUUCGGCAGCUUCACGAACAAGCACAAGCAACUCGCCUCCAGGGAGCGCGCGUCCCAGCUGGGCAACCUGUGCAAGCAGCUCGCGAGCGUGGCCGCCAGGCUGCUCUGCGAGCUGAGGGUGGGCGGGUCCUCCGUCGCCCUGGUGUUUCUGCCCGGGCUCGAGCAGAUCAGGGACAUGGAGCUCGAGGUGGAGAAGCAGGUCAAUCACCGCGGCUGGGCCCAGAAUCCCCCCCGCGUCUUCACCAUGCACUCCGCGCUCGACUCGGAAAUCUACGAGGGGGCGCUGGAUCCAAUCCAGCCAGGCGAGUGGCGCAUCGUGUUGGCAACCAACAUAGCCGAGUCGUCCCUCACGAUCCCGGACGUCAGCGCCGUUGUCGAUUUCGGUUGCCACCGCGUCAGCGUGUACGACGACGACGCGCGCAUGUCGAGACUGACCAUGGAGUGGUGCUCCCGCGCCUCCAUGAAGCAGCGGCGCGGCCGGACUGGCCGGACGUGCCCGGGUCAGUACAUCAGGCUCCUCCCCAAGGCCGUCUACGAUGGCCUGAGCGACUACGACGAGAGCGGCGUGGAGCGCUCCUCGCUGCAGCGGGUCACGCUGGAGGCGGCGCACCUCGCCCAGGUGUUGUCGGCGCCGCCGGAGCUGCUGGCAGGCAUGCCGGUGGACGUGGCCGGGGUUGGCAGAGGCGAAGCGUCCUACUGGGACCCCUCGCAGGAUGGGUGGCACGUGGCCUUCGGCACCGAGCUCGAGGACCACAGCCAGGGCUACCCCGAGGGCAGACUGACGCCGCGCGAGGUCGACGUGAGGCAUAUGCUGUGCCUGCUGCCCACCCCUCCGAAGGAGAGCCGCGUCGAGUCGGCCCUGAAGGAGCUGUACGAGCUCGGCGCGCUCGUGGCCAGCAACGUGCCGAGCGCCCUGGGCGCCGCAUGUCUCAAGCUGCCCACCGACGUGUGCCUCGGCCGACUGAUGGUUCUGGGCUGGUCCCUGAACGUCGCCGCGGACGCCGUGGUGCUGGCCGCGGCGCUCUCGCUGAUCCCGGCGGUGGACGUGUUCCGCACCCCGUUCAACACCAAGGCGGAGCUGGACCACACCGAGUUGAGGACGCUGCAGUUCGCGGUGGAGCAGCGCAGGAUCUUCGACAGGGGGUCCUACUCGGAACCCCUCACGAUCCACGCCCUCUGCAUGGAUUGGCUCCGCGAAGGCUAUUGCUCCCUGGGUAGGGCUCCCGCGACGACGUGGGGAAGGCACAUCAACACUAAAGUCUGGGCGCAGCUCACCGAGAAGGUGGUCGAGUUUUCGGAGGCGAUGCUGCGCAUCAUGCCCACGACCUCCUCCGCCUGCGAUCCGUUGAGGAGGCUGGUCCAGCGCGCCCGCGGGGGCAGAGAAUUUAAGCCGCCGCCGCCGACCCCGACCUGGAUGCUCAGCGCGCUGCUGACGUGGUCCCUCGCGCCCCUGGGCUUCGUGGCCGUGGGCCAGACGCCAGCGUUCUACGGCGGGGGCACCUACGGCAAGUUCUCCAAGGUCGUCAAGAACAAGAACGGAGUCAUGGACCUCGCGCUGUGGUGGCCCAGCAUCAACGAGGAGAAGGCGAAGAAGGUCGUGCAGGCCGCCUGCGGGACGACCGCCGUGUGGGCGUGGGAGCCCAAGGGCGAGAUCGGGGCGGACGCCGAGGGCCGCCGCGAGGAGAGCUGCUUCACCGGCAUCAAGACUCGCGAGCAGUUCGAGCUCCUGAGCCGGAUCUGCGGCCCGUUCAACGGCAAGCAGACGGAUGUGGGCACGCUUGGCAGUCGGGUGAAGACCCGCCCCCCCAGGCACCCGUGCAGCCUGCUCUGGCUCAUGCCCAGGAGGGACGGCCAGGACAUGACCGAGGUGCGGGUGAACUGGAAGAGCCAGGCCGAGACGCUGCUACACGUGCCCAAGCGCGGCGAGCGCAACGCCUAUGUCACAGGACUGCUGCCGCAAGGACUGCAGCAGUGGCCAAGCACCCUCGCCGCGAAGUCGCAGGAGGACUGCGCGCGGGCGUUGGGGGUGCCAGCGGACUCCAGGCCCAAGAAGUUCCUGGUCGCCGCCGGGGGCGAGUACAGAUAUAUGGUGCCUGGCGACCCCCCGACCGCACUUGCGGGGCGCGCGGCGCCCUGCCCGGCGGCCGCGGCGACCUCGCGCGGGCGAUUGCCAGAGCCACCGUCUGGCAACCAGGCGACCAAGGCGGGCCUCGCCACGAGCGGGGGCGUGACGGCGGAGAUCGGACCUCCGCAGCGGACGGUCCGCCGUCAGUUCGAGUCGAGCUUCUUCGCGAGAGCGCGCAUGUUGCAGCUGCUUGCGACGGCCGCCGCCUCCCCCGCGCGGGCUGCGGCCCCUGCCGACGGACAGCCUCUGGACCGCCAGGUUCGACCGAGGACGGGGGGCGAGGCCGCCUUCGACGCGGUGGAUUUGACAGGCCCCAGCGGAGAGGGGGGACCUGAACAGAGGCGCCAGCGCGAGAGGCGGCCGCGACGAGCCCAGCAGCAGCCACCACCUCCCUCGGACCCCGCGCAGGCGGCGCUGGCGCAGUACAUCAUAGAGUGGGGCAUGGGCAGCAGGAUCGAUGCCAUUCAGACGUCGGUCUCGGGCCUCGAGGCGACUGCGUCGGCCAGUUCGAGGCGCGCCGCUACGCUGCAGGCGGACACGAGGGCGCAAGCGGCGAGACUGUCGGCGCUGGAAUCUUCAAGACCGCCAUCUUCAGCAGCCAGUUCAGUCAGCGCGGUGCCCGCCCAGGUCUCGGAGCCGGCCAGCCGGGGCAGCAGGGCCCGCGGGGAGACUGCAUGUGGAGUUGCCACGCCGGGCCGCAAAGCGCCGCGCGCGGAGCCCAACGAGAUGAAGAACGUCGACAGCGACUGGGACCGAGGCCAGGUCGUCUUUCGCCAACACGCAACGGAGAGACCGAUCUGGAUUCUUCAGAAGCCAAAGCAGACGAAGGAGCUGGAUAUCCGCUCCGACCCGAUGGCCGCGGCGCCGCUGGCCCAGGAGCUGGCGGAGCUGAAGUUGCCUGAGCGGCUCGCGGCCUGGCAGCUGGAGGGCGCCCACAUUUUCAACCAGGCGGUCUGCGCGGUGCCCCGGGCCCGGCACUUCCCCAGCUCGGUCGGCUUCUCGGAAGGCGCCCUGGCCAACGCGAUGGGCACCGUCACGGACGGCUCGGCCCUCAUCACGGCUAACGCGGGGGAACUGUCCGCAGUGGAGGGGGCGCCCCCGGGGACCCUCGGCCAGCGCGAGAUGACCGAGCCGAUCAUCCCAGACGGCAGGCUCGCCCAGCUGAUCACCGACUCGACGCGCGGUCUAUUGAAGGAGACUCCCCAGCCAAAAGGACACGCAGAGUUGGCCUCGAUGGUGGUUCACAUGCGGAGGCGCGCAAGGUGCGCCGAGACCGCGCGCGAGGAUAGCGGCGACAUCCUGGCUGGCCCGCUGGGCCCGCCGCUGGCCACGGCGGUCACGCCCUUCGGCGCCGACGGUGGCGACCCGGAGCUGCUCUACUUGAAACGCCUGGAGCAGCUGCGCACGUGGGAGACUGAUCUACGACGGGCAGAGCGACCCCAUCGCGCUGGAAAGCCCGUCUUCGAGCUGCGGACCGAGGAGGGCCAUCGCGCGAUCACCACCAAGGCGCGAGGCGAGCUGACCCGCGCCUUCUACGCCGAGCUGUUCCGCGACUCGACCAUCGACGUGAGCCUGCCCGAGUGGGCCCACCGCCACUGA